AGCUGGCAUUUAUUCACAUUGCAUGAGCGGCGCGUGCGCACUCGAGACUUACGUGGCAGCGAGACACCGCUCGACUGUUCGACCGCACUUUUCGCGUUCGUACGGUGAUGUCCAGCAGCUGAGCGUCGGACGCUAGAACAGACGAAAUGCAGUCGCCGUACCAGCAGGGCGUCCCUCACGGGACCGUCCCGGGCUCCUUCCCACCUCCGCCGGCCGCCUACAACCCCCAGCAGCCGUACAGCCCCCAACAGCCGCCGAUGGGAAUGCCGCAGAAGCCGCCGGGGCCCGCCCCUGGCCAGCACUACCCUCCGCAACCUUUUCAGAAUGGCAUGCAUCCAGGCCCUCCUCAAGCUGCAGGCCAGUUCCCACCCCCUGUCGGGCCUCCGCAGGGUGCAGGGCAGUUUCCUCCUCGAGGACCGCCGACUAGCCAGAUGGCCGGAUUGAGCCUCGGCGGCCCCCCUCAACAGCAGAUGCCUCCUCAAAUGGGCCAGCAGCAGCCUCCUCAAAUGGUCCAGCAGCAGCCUCCUCAAAUGGGCCAGCAGCAGCCCCCUUGGAGCCCUCAGGGUCCACCCCAAGGUGCUCCUCCGAGGCCAGGCAUGCCUCCAUACGUCAACGGCUCCUCGGCAUCGCCUCACAUGCCGCCCCAAAUGCACCAGCCUCCAGGUGGCAUGCCACCUCCGCCUCUUCACGCCGGAAUGCCUCCCCAGAGUGGCAUGCCACCGCCUCAGGGUGGAAUGCCUCCUCCUCAGGGACAAAUGUCUCAUCAGGGACAAAUGCCUCCUCAGGGUGGAAUGCCUCCUCCCCAGGGACAAAUGCCUCAUCAGGGACAAAUGCCUCCUCUUCAGGGACAAAUGCCUCCUCAUCAGGGACAAAUGCCUCCUCUUCAGGGUGGAAUGCCGCAUCAUCAGGGUGGAAUGCCGCCCCAGAACCAAGGAAUGCCGCCAAUGAUGUCCCCACACGGCCAAAUGCAGCAUCCUCCGGGCCAGAUGCAGUCGCCUGGUGGCUACCACCAGAUGCCCCCUCGGCCUGGCUUCCCUCCGCAGUCCCCAAGCGACCCGUACGGACGCGGCAUGCCGCAGCCAUCCUACCAGCAGCAGCAACAGCAGCAGCAGGCCCGCCGGCUCGACCCUGACCAGAUGCCCAGCCCCCUUCAGGUGAUGGCCGAGGACGAGAAGGCCAAGAGUGGCUCGUUCGAGACGGGACCAAGAGGCGCAGUUCCUCCGCUCGUGACCACCAAUUUCAUCACUUAUGACCAGGGCAAUUCGGGACCCCGCUACAUCCGCUCCACCAUGUAUACCAUACCGGCAACAAUCGACAUGAUGAAACAGACUGCGGUUCCCUUUGGUUUGGUGAUCAGUCCCUUCGCAGAACCAGUUGCUGGGGAAUUGGCCCCGCCUAUUGUCAACUUUGGCGAGAUGGGACCAGUCCGGUGCAUCAGGUGCAAGGCCUACAUGAGCCCCUUCAUGCAGUUUGUUGAUGGCGGCAGGCGGUUCCAAUGUUUGCUCUGCAAGGCCACCUCCGAAGUUCCGGCCGAGUAUUUCCAGCAUCUAGACCACACUGGUCAUCGUACUGACCGCAAUCAGAGAGCAGAGUUGUCGCUUGGAACCUACGAAAUUGUGGCCACGACCGAUUAUUGCAGGAACAACACAUUCCCGAAUCCGCCAGCGAUUGUUUUUGUUAUCGACGUGUCUUACACCAAUGUUAAAAGUGGCAUGGUGCACUUAUUGUGUGCCGAGAUGAGAAACAUUAUCCGCAAUCUUCCAGUCGACCAGGGACAAGAGAAGUCGAAAAUGAAGGUCGGAUUCAUCACUUACAGCAAUGUGGUCAAUUUCUACAACAUCAAGGGUACGUUGGCUCAGCCGAAAAUGAUGUGCGUGAGCGACUUGAACGACAUGUUCAUGCCGCUGCUGGACGGCUUCCUGUGCGACCCCGAGGAAUCAGACCAGGUAAUCGAAAUCCUGAUGCAGCAGAUCCCGGACAUGUUCGCCGAGUCGCGGGAAACGGAGGUCAUUCUGGCGCCCGCGAUCCAAGCCGGUCUGGAGGCGCUCAAGGCUUCCAACUGCGCGGGAAAGUUGCUUGUGUUCCACUCCUCGCUGCCGAUCGCCGAGGCGCCCGGCAAACUGAAAAACAGGGACGAACGCAAAUUGCUCGGCACUGAUAAAGAGAAGAGUAUCCUCAGUCCGCAGAACAAGGACUACAACGAACUGGGACAGAACUGCGUGGGUGCGGGCGUGAGCGUUGACCUGUUCGUGCUGAACAACUCGUACGUGGACCUCGCCACCAUCGGCCAGGUGAGCCGGUUGACCGGCGGCCAGGUGUACAAAUACACGUACUUCCAAGCGGACAUUGACGGUCCGCGCCUCAUCGCAGACGUCACGAGAAACGUGUCCAGAAACGUGGCCUUUGACUCCAUCAUGCGCGUCCGCACCUCCACCGGCGUCCGCCCGACUGACUUCUACGGACACUACUUCAUGUCCAACACCACCGACAUGGAGCUCGCUGCCAUUGAUUCGGAUAAGGCUGUGGCGAUAGAAGUGAAGCACGAUGACAAACUGACCGAGGAGGAAGGCGUGUUCAUCCAGGCAGCUUUGCUGUACACUUCGGUCGGAGGCCAGCGUCGCCUUCGUAUCCUCAACCUGAGCCUCAAGACGUGCUUGCAGAUGGCAGACCUUUACCGAUCGUGCGACCUUGACACCAUCAUCAACUUCUUGGCCAAACAGGCAAUGUUCCGCAUCAUGGAUGGGACGCCGAAGGCCAUCAAGGACGGUCUGGUGUCUCGUUGCGCGCAGAUGCUGGCUUGCUACAGGAAAAACUGCGCGAACCCGUCGUCUGCCGGGCAGCUGAUCCUUCCCGAGUGCAUGAAGCUGCUGCCGCUGUACGCCAACUGCCUGCUCAAGAGCGACGCGCUGUCCGGCGGCUCGGACAUCACCAUUGACGACCGCUCGUUCAACAUCGCCGCCCUGCUCACCAUGGACGUGCUCUCUAGCGUCGUCUACUUCUACCCGCGCCUCAUGCCCGUGCACAACCUCGACCCCAACGAGCACACCUUGCCGCAACCUGUCCGCUGCUCCGUCGAGAAGCUGUCGGAUAAUGGCGCCUUCCUUCUGGAAAAUGGGCUGCAAAUGUUCUUGUGGAUCGGAGCUGCGGUGCCUCCGGAAUGGUCACGAAGCGUAUUCGGCGACCACAUAGUUGCCAACAUUCAAAUGGACCCGACCUCGCUUCCUGUCCUCGAUAAUCCGACUUCACAGCGUCUGCGGCAGGUCAUUGACGUCAUUCGAAUGCAGAGACCACGCUCAAUGAAGUUGGCAAUCGUGCCGCAGCGGGACAAACUAGAGGUGCUGGUGAAGCGAUUUUUGGUGGAGGACCGCGGGUUGGACGGCUCGGCCUCGUACGUCGACUUCUUGUGCCACAUGCAUAAAGAGAUCAGGAACCUGCUCACGUAAAACUCGAGUGCCCUUGUGAUAUGAACACUUAUUCGAGCUGCUGCUCCUCUUCAGCGUUUUGAUCGCUAUGCGAGUGAAUGAAUGAGAGAGUUUAAUAAAAAAAUAAUAAUAAAUGAGAGGUUUCGACGAGCCAUCAAGAGAAAUAAACUGCGAGGCACCUGCGUUGUAUUUGGUUCUUGUUGUGACAAGUUGUUGAGGUAUCAGUUUUAUUAUAGUGCUAUGGUUCUCUUUAGGUUUUUCUUGUAAAUCAUUAUCUUGAAUUGUCACAUACACUUGCGAUCACACUUCGUAUUGAUUCAAAUAUAUAAUGUUUAUUAUUAAAAAUCA